AUGGGCCACACCAGAAUUCCGGGUAUUUCAACCCACAAGCGGCCACUGGCCACAUUUGAGUCCCUAGGAAUGCCCUCUAAGAGAACCCAUAUUUUAGAGGACGUCACAAACACCACUCCGCUAGCAGAUCAGGCGAAAACUAACCGCUCAAAACUCACGAUGUCUUCCAUAGUGGCUGAUCCAAAUGCCCGACUCAUGAACAGAUACUACUAUGGUGAUCCUAAUGUAAUCGAAGAAGUGAAGAAGCGGGAACGCAAGAUAGCGCGCGAUAUCCAGCACUUCCGCAAAUCCAUCGCAGAGAUUGACACAGAAACCAAGCUUGUACGAGAGAGGAACCUGCCAGAUUUGAGAUACGAAAAUUCCAAAAAGAGUGCGCUUUGUAAUGAGUUGCGUAAGGAUCUGAUACAACUGACCACCGAUCUGGAUGAGAAAGACAAAGACUGUGACGUUUUGAAGUCAAAUUGGGAGCUCGAAGCUCAGCAUACCCAACUAGAGCACAAAGUUAAGUUACAAGAGGUUCAAAAUGAACUGGAUAAAGAUAAGAGAGAUUUAAUUUCCGAGUGGGAAACAAAACUGCGAGAGAUUGAAAAUCACAAACCUGAUCCUGAAGCUCUUAGGGAUUUGGAAAGAUACCAAGAGGAAAAACUUCAAUUAGAAAAAGAACUUAGGUCUUUAAGCAUUGAAAAUGCAGAUAGCUGUCGACAAAGAAGCCGUGAAUUGGAAGCUGGAUUGGAAGAGUUUUGGGCCAAGAAGAAGGAACCUCUACGAGAGCUGCGAACGAAGAAAGACGAACUCCAAAGCGAGAUUACCGAACUCAAAAAUGAGGCAGUUUCAAUAGAAUCACAAAUUGAUCUGACCACUGAAAAUUGCAAUCAGCUAAUGCUACAAAUUUCAGAGAUAAAAUCUCUGCUUGCAGAGUGCUCGGAACACGAAAACCAACUAAUGGACGCAAAAAACAAGGCCGAGCUAACAUACCUAGAAACCAAGUUUGUAACAGACGAAAUUCAAACGAAGGCACUCGAAGUGGAGUUGCGAUAUAAUGGCGAAUUUGACAAAAUGGAGAAGGAACAAACGAGAAGAAGAACCAUGGAAAACUCAAUCGAUGAGCUUAAGGGUACGGUACGAUGCUUCGCGUUUAUUGGGGAAGACGUUCCAGAUGCCUCUGUGAUAGAUUAUUCCCAUAAAAAGAUAUCUGUUGAAGACACAGUGCCUUGUUCAUUUAGCAGGAUAAUACCAAGAAAAUUAGUGUCAGAGGGAGAUUUAAUAGGUCAGGAAUGUCGAGCGUUCUUCGAGGUGUGCGUUGCCAAGCGGUUGAACUUUAAUGUCGUGUCCCUACCGACUGGACGACAAUCGCUGCUGAGAGAUAAGUUCUUAAACUACCUCAUUGAAAAAGGUAAAUUUAAGUUGAAGGCUCAAUACGUGGCGCUCUCAGAGAAAGCCGCUUCAUCUGAUUUGUUUUUUAAAUCCAAAGACGGGGAUGAUAAAGAGAUUCAGUUAACUAUCAAAGAAGACUCAAUUGAAAUGAACUCUACAACCCUUGAACUAAACUCAACACAAGAUAUCACUAACAGCUUCGGCCAGCUCCAUGCUCAAGCAGGUUCCGACAACAUAGGGAUAUUGAAAAUCGAAAUCUGGGAAGAGCAUAAAAAAUGCUGCGAUACAUAUUACCUAGAGAUCAAUGAUGUUCAGACCGUCAAGAAAAUGAGCAGUCUACCCAACAUAAACCAUGCCGCCAAGACUCCCAUUUUCAUAAUAUUACAAACGCUUCUUCUGAAGACCAGGUCUCUUUUUCUCUUCAACCUUUUUGAUGAGAACACUACUGACCCACAGAUUAUCUUGGAGUCUGCUCAGCGUAUCGGUCAAAUAGAAGUCCCGCGAGUACAUGUCGAAGAUCGAGAGACCUAA